CAGAGCUGCGUGUCGCACGCACCUCCCCCGUGCCCUCCUCCCUGGGCUCUCCCCCCUCGUCACCUCCUGCACGCCGCAUCUUCCGGCGCCGCUCCUAGUCGUAGGGCUCAGGCGGGGGAGGAGCAUCGGGUCUGAGGCCAACUAGAUUGGAUUGGAUCGAUCCAGCUAUUCGAUCGAGGCGGAGAGGGCACGAACGAGCGGGCUUCGAUCGUCUCGCCACCAUGUUCUCGCGAUCCUACACCAACCUGCUCGAUCUCGCCAAUGGGAAUCUCUCGGCGCUCGACUACGGGGGCUCCAGCGGGGGUGGCGGCGGGCGGCCGCCGCGUCCGAGGCGGAUGCAGAGGACGUUGACGACGCCGGGCACGCUGGCGGAGCUCGACGAGGAGCGCGCGGGGAGCGUAGCUUCGGACGUGCAGUCGUCGCUCGCCAACGACCGCAUCAUCGUUGUCGCCAAUACGCUCCCCGUGCGCUGCGAGCGCCGACCUGACGGCCGCGGCUGGACAUUCUGCUGGGACGAGGACUCGCUCCUGCUCCACCUCCGCGACGGCCUCCCCGAGGACAUGGAGGUCCUCUACGUCGGCUCCCUCCGCGCCGACGUGCCAGCCGCCGAGCAGGAAGACGUCGCGCAGGCGCUCCUCGACAGGUUCCGCUGCGUCCCGGCCUUCCUCCCCAAGGACCUCUCCGACCGCUUCUACCACGGCUUCUGCAAGCAGACCCUCUGGCCGCUCUUCCACUACAUGCUCCCCUUCACCUCCGAUCAUGGUGGCCGCUUCGACCGCUCCAACUGGGAGGCCUACGUCCUUGCCAACAAACUCUUCUCGCAGCGCGUCAUCGAGGUCCUCAACCCCGAGGACGACUACAUCUGGAUCCACGAUUACCACCUCCUGGCUCUCCCCUCUUUCCUGCGCCGCCGAUUCAACCGCCUCCGCAUCGGGUUCUUCCUGCACAGCCCCUUCCCAUCAUCGGAGCUCUACCGUAGCCUGCCCGUCCGUGACGAGAUCCUCAAAUCCUUGCUCAACUGUGAUCUCAUUGGCUUCCAUACCUUUGAUUACGCCCGCCAUUUCCUCUCUUGCUGCAGCCGCAUGCUCGGAAUCGAGUACCAAUCCAAGAGAGGCUACAUUGGGCUCGAUUACUUUGGCCGCACUGUGGGGAUAAAGAUCAUGCCUGUUGGGAUUAACAUGAUGCAGCUUAAAUCGCAGCUCCAGCUUCCUGAUCUGGAGUCGCGUGUUGCAGAGCUACGGAAGCAGUUUAACGGGAAGACUGUCUUGCUUGGUGUGGAUGAUCUGGACAUAUUCAAGGGGAUUAACCUGAAGAUUCUUGCGUUUGAGCAUAUGCUCAAGACACACCCAAAAUGGCAGGGCCGAGCAGUGCUAGUGCAGAUUGCAAACCCAAGGGGUGGUAGUGGCAAGGACGUGCAAGGAUUAAAGGCUGAGAUCGAGGAAAGUUGCACGAGGAUUAAUGAACAGUUUGGGCGGUCGGGGUAUAGUCCCGUGGAGCUUGUUAAUAGGACUUUGUCGAGUGUGGAAAGGAUGGCAUAUUACACUGUGGCUGAGUGCGUCGUUGUUACUGCAGUGAGGGAUGGGAUGAACCUCACACCAUAUGAGUACAUUGUGUGUAGACAGGGGAUUCCUGGUUUGGAUGGUGGUGAUGCACCAAAGAGGAAGAGUAUGCUAGUCGUGUCAGAAUUCAUAGGUUGCUCGCCAUCAUUGAGUGGAGCAAUCCGGGUGAACCCUUGGAACAUUGAUACAACAGCAGAGGCAAUGAACGAGUCCAUUGCUUUGUCAGAGAAUGAAAAGCAAUUGCGCCAUGAGAAGCAUUAUCGAUAUGUCAGCACACAUGAUGUUGCCUAUUGGUCUAAGAGCUAUAUUCAUGAUCUGGAGAGAAGCUGCAGGGACCAUUUUAGGAGGAGGUGCUGGGGUAUUGGACUUGGAUUUGGAUUUAGAGUGGUUGCUCUAGACCGCAACUUCAAAAAGCUUACUGUGGAUUCUAUUGUUGCUGAUUACAAGAAGUCGAACAGCAGGGUUAUACUUCUGGACUAUGAUGGAACUCUAGUACCACAAACUACGAUCAAUCGAACUCCAAAUGAGACUGUUGUUAACAUCAUGAAUGCUCUGUGUGCUGAUAAGAAGAAUGUUGUUUUCAUUGUAAGUGGAAGAGGUAGGAGUAGCCUUGAGAAGUGGUUCAACUCUUGCCCUGAGCUUGGCAUUGCGGCUGAACAUGGUUACUUUAUGAGGCGAACCAGAGAUGAGCAAUGGCAAAUAAAUAACCAGUGCUCAGAGUUUGGAUGGAUGCAAAUGGCUGAGCCAGUAAUGAACCUGUAUACAGAAGCUACUGAUGGAUCGUAUAUCGAAACCAAAGAGAGUGCUUUGGUCUGGCACCACCAAGAUGCUGACCCUGGUUUUGGAUCUGCACAAGCAAAAGAAAUGUUAGAUCAUUUGGAGAGUGUUCUUGCCAAUGAGCCAGUCUCUGUGAAGAGUGGCCAACACAUUGUAGAGGUUAAACCUCAGAGUGUCAGCAAGGGAUUUGUCGCGGAGAAGAUCCUAUCGAUGCUGACAGAGAAUAAAAGACAAGCAGAUUUUGUCCUCUGCAUAGGUGAUGAUCGAUCAGAUGAGGAUAUGUUUGAAGGAAUAGCUGAUAUUAUGAGGCGGAGCAUUGUUGAUCCCCAAACCUCGCUCUAUGCCUGCACAGUCGGCCAGAAACCAAGCAAGGCCAAGUAUUAUUUGGACGAUACUAAUGAUGUUUUGAACAUGCUCGAGGCACUUGCAGAUGUAUCAGAGGAGGUUGGUUCACCAGAAGAAUCGGAGAUACUUUCUCCGUCCGAGGAGGCAUGAUGAAGUCGUGUCGAAGAGCAUAUCUCAUAGUCCAUUGCAACCAGCAAUCUUCUGUCUAAAUUGAAGCCAAGUUCAGCUAGCUGGAAUGCAACUUUAGCAAUAUACAGAUAGUCAGAUCAAUGUCAAUAACCUAGUGUUGGUCUAGUUUUGGUCUCUUUUACCGUUUGCCUUCUCGUAAUUUUGGAGUAUUUUUCACAUUCUGUCUAGAUAGAGAAAUGACCUGGAGGGGAAAAAAAAUCCAUGGUGGGUGUCUUUUCUAGACUUCUUUUUUCUGUUAGUAGCAGGUAGUGUAUGUAAGAUUUGAGUGUUUCUGGAAGUUUAUAUACACUAUAAGUCAAAAUUAAUAGAUGAGCAUUUGGGCCAUUUUGCCUA